CUCCCGACCCCGUCCGAUCUCGCGGUUCGAUCCAGCCUUGCCAGGGGUCCCACAGUGGCGCGGCCAGGCGGGGGACCCCCCAGGGCCAGGAGCAGCUCCGGCACCAGCCCGAGCCGUGGGCGGCAGCGCGGUCUGGGGGCCGCAGCGGGUGGAGUCGCCGUUCCUGGUCGAGGAGCUCGCCGGCUUGCUGGACAAGCCUGUCGGUUCCCCCGGCCUGAAGCUGGCGCACGGGGACGCGGUGCUGGAGCCGGAUGAGGACCUUGGGCGCCUCCCGGACCCUGCGGACGUGCGGGUGCAGUACGACACGAGAAGGCCUUUCGACCGCAGCUUCUGCAGGGAGAUGGCUACCCUCGCUCACAGUGCCUGCGACCAGGUCUUCUUCACCGGAGACGUGAUCGCUGCGGGCGAGCUCGAGAUUCCUGGCGCCCAGACAGUGCGGGUGGAGGUUCUGGACGACGAUAUUCCCAGUCUCCAGCUCAACGUGAGGUUGAGGAUCCCCGAGGGCAGUCCGCUGAUAAGCUCCGCGUCGGGCGACGAGGUAGAGCUGCGGUUGACAGAGAUCAAGCUCCACUCCGAAGAGGCCGUCAAGGAGGAUGACCUCGACGCGCACCUCGUCAAGGGAACGAUCGAGGAGCGUGGCGGCGGAAGCCUGCUCGUGAGCGCAGAGUUGGCGCUCGAAUAUGACGACUCGUGCGAACUGUACGACGUCGAAGUGGUGGACGGCCCGCUCUUCCAGCUGAUGCAGCGGCAUGCCUCCAAGGCGGUCCGAGAGGGCGUCUCGUCUCAGACAGGCGCGGUGCCCACGGAGCUCGCGGGCACCCUGAACCGCCUCAUCGACGAGCUCAAGAGCGGCGCCACGCCGGACUACCAUCCGGGCUCCAACGGCGUGGUGUGCGACAUCGUUUCUCCCGUCGCCACAGCGGCUGGCGCCACAGCACAACACGAGCCGGGGACCGAUGCCGAGCCGCGGUGGUCUCCGCUGGCCCUCCUCCGGCAUCCCUCGCUGUACCCCUUCGUCGAGGGCACGUCAGUGGUGACGGGCCUGCCGGGCUCGUCUGCCAAGGUGGGCGGCAACCCGGAGGGCAGGAAGACAGACAUGUGGGGAAGAAACUACGAGGGCAGCAAGUACCAGUGGUUGCCGUCCGAGGUCUCUGUGUCUGCCGCAGGCAAGUGCACCUUCGACACCUACAUCAACAACCUGGACAGUGCCACCCAGCGCCCGUUGUACGCAGCCCUGGAGAGCCUUCUGGGCCGCUGCCUGCCGCUGCUGGAGGCUUCCUGGGCCCACGGCAGCGCCACGUGCGACGACAACAUGAACGACGACCGCUUCACUCUCGCGGACAUCAUGGCCAUGGGGGACAGUAUCCCGGACUACGUGGCCGUGGCCGUGCAGAAGAACAAGGUGAAGAUGGCCGGUAAGUAUAACAGCAUGGACUGUAUGAGGUGUUUUAUGCACAUGGUUGAGUAUUGCAUGGGCUUCACGCCUACGGAGUAUACCGAGGAGCUGCAUCAGUGGUUUCUGAAGCGGCAGUGUCGGAAGUGGGCACGCCAUGCUGCUGCGGAGCUCGCGUAUUUUGGCCUGGUUUCCUGCGACACAAUGACCACAGCAUUGGGUCGUAUGCGGAAGGCUCUCAACAGCACGUCUCAAGUGAGCGUCGCGACCAUGUAUGUAUUGUUCUGCGAGACGCGGCAGGCUAUCAACAGGUAUUCGUUGCAUGGUGUUUUGUAUCUCAUUGACGCGUAUGACAAGAGCAAGUCUGUGCGGGCAAACGUUUCGCGUGUCCGGCCUGGGCUAGUAUCGACGCGUUGUCACACAAUUCAGCUUUUGGAGGCGAUCCGCAGCUGUGUGGGAGUAUCGCUUGCUGUGCUGCGGACCUCGGGAGGUGGCGUAUCAGACGGCGGACCUUGCGAGGUGGCGUAUCAGCUCGGUCGGUGCCGUCUGUGUCCCAAGGUAGAAUGUGACGGUAUUCCAGAGCUCCGUGUGCUUGCGAGUUGUCUCAGCGUAUUGACACAGAAGGUGCAGACGUAUGCGAGGCAGCCUUCGCAGCAGUACCGCGGCUUGGUCAAGGCCGCCAAAGGUCUGGGUAUCAAGUACGGGAAGUCGCAUACGGUGAAGAAGCUCGCUCUGCUGGUGAAGCGAGGUAUGCUGCAGCCUUCAGGCACCGGUGCGUGCAAACGGACGUACCGGGAGCUGGUAUCCGCAGCGCACGCUCGCGGCGCCAGCGAGUAUCAAAGAAUUAAAGUGCAGGGAAGGUGGAUCACCAGACGUGUAUCCAAAGCCACGUUGGAAGCGCUGGUGGCUGAGCCCUAG